UUUAACGACCCAUCCCUACCUUUUUAAUGCUCCUCAAGUCCGCCACCGCCCUCCUUACUUUGGCCACAGCUGUGCUGGGCCAUAUGGAGAUCACCUACCCCUGCCCACGCUACUCGCCGCGCUGUGCCACCCGCCCCACUCUGCCGCCAGGUCAAUCAUUCGACUACAACCUGAACGUACCCGCUGGUUCCAACGGCAAUAUUAAUUCACCUAUCUGCCACCACGACACGCCUUGGCCGCAGGCUAAUGAGGUCUGGACUGCCGGCGAGACUGUUUCCGUGAAAUUCAAUGCCGGUGGUGCCACCCAUUCGGGUGGUCACUGCGAGUUCUCUGUCUCCUACGACGGCGGUCAGACCUUCGUCGUCCUGUACCAGCGCUUGCGCUACUGCUUCUUCACCAGUGCACCAUCUCAGGGCGGUACGGACUCGGUGCGUACCUACACCUUCAAUCUGCCUGCCACUCUGCCAGGUGCUCCCCGUGUCACUUUCCUGUGGUCAUGGGUCAACGCCGUCGGCAACCGCGAGUUCUACAGCAACUGCGCGGAUGUGGCUAUCAAGGGCGCUGCUGGAUCCUACACUGGCAAGAAAGUCACGAUUGCAAACUACGGCGCUGGAUAUCCGGUCAUUCCAGAAUUCCUUGGCAACUACGAAACUGGCAUUUCCUACUACAUGGGCGGCACCCAGGUCACAGUCAGUGGGCCAGGCUUCGACGGAUAAUCGUGUCAUGUUUGCGGAGUUUAACUUGUUUUACCGUCCUGCUCCCAUUUGUAUUUGCGAAUAAACAUGAGGCAUGCUGGCCGUCCUUCUUUCACAUCGCCUACCAUACUAUAUAGUUAUCAGUACAAAAAUAUGCGGACGUGUGUUUUGUGGGCUGGCAUGCAGAUAUAUGCA